AUGGUCGCAAAAGAUAGGAAGGCACUCAGCAUCCAGCACAUCGACUUCUUGCAACUUCCAGAGGCGGACACUAGCACGGUCAAAAUAGGCGAAACACUGUUGCACGCAAAAUGUAGAAUCGAUGGUAGAGGCGUCAACCAAUGUAGAUCUCUUCGUGUUAAGACAUAUUCGAAGCCCGGGCACGUGUAUCUUUCACUAGGCAACACCGAUGUGUUCGUAGCAGUCAACGGUGAAAUAUCUGAGCCCAACCUGGAGAGGCCGAAUGAAGGAACACUCGCUUUUUACGUGGAGGUCGCGCCAAUGUGUUCACAAGUUUACGAGCCUGGCAGGCAAACAGAGCAUGAGCUUCAGAUAUUGCAAAUACUAGAAAAGGCGUUCAAGGAUUCCGGUGCCGUCGACGUGGAGUCUCUAUGCAUAGUAGUGGGAAGAUAUGUGAGUAACAAAACACCAGUAUGGUCUCUCAGGAUUGACGUGAGCGUUCAACAAAAUGACGGGAACCUUCAAGACGCUUGCGUACUCGCGGUUCUGGCUGCGCUGAUGACAUUCAGAAAACCGGAUACUUGUCCUUCAGCAGGUGAUGCUGACGCCAUUCAGCUUAACGCAUAUUACACGUCGCCGCUAAGCAUGUAUCACACGCCAAUACACGUGUCCGUCGGAUUAUUGGAAGAUGCAGAGCAUUGUAUCGUCGACACAAACUCGUUUGAAGAACUAUUCGUUAAUACGCAUGUAUCGCUCCUGUUCAACAAUUUCGGGGACCUAUUCGCAGUGCAGAAGCACGGCGGAGGUGCAGUAACGUUGGAACGGAUUGAACAAGCAAUAGAAGUACGUUUUGGCGAUUGUAUAUCAACUUAA